AUCAGAUCACGCAUCUCGAUCAAUUAUAAGAAGUGUUCAUCUCAUCACUCUUCACUCCACCGGUUGAGACUGGAGAGGAAAGUUGAAGAACAAAAAAAGAGUGAGAUUCAAAAGCAACAUCAAAAUCAAAAAAAUGGAAAACAAUGAAAAUGAAAGACAGAUCCCUGAAGAUCUGAUAAUUCAACACAUCCUUCCACGGCUACCCGUCAAACAGUUGGUUCAAUCAAAGCUCGUUUGCAAGGAAUGUAAUUCUUCUAUCUCUUCUUCUAAUUUCACUCUUCAUUACACCAAACAACCCCUUAUUUCUCACCCAUCUUUCCCCGUUCAAUCCCUCUUUGUCCAAUAUGAUAAUACUUUUUACCUCUACUCUUGUGAAAAUGAUGAUAAUGCUCAAAAUAAUCUGGUUAAGUUAGAUGUUGAUUUUAGUCUUAAUUCUGGGGAAAAUAUUGAGCUGGUUGGAUGCUCAAAUGGGUUAGUUUGUUUAGCGGAAAUGUAUGGGAAGUUCUUUUUUCUUUAUAAUCCUGCUACAAGUGAAUCCCAUAAAUUUUACUCUGGAGAUUUUCAAAUUUUGGGUACAAAUCAUACGAAUUGGGGUUUUGGGUAUGAUUCUAUUAACGAUGACUUUAAAGUUGUUAGAAUUAUGAGUAAUGGAGAAACUCAUACCGUUGAUGUUUAUUCGCUUAAAUCGAAUGUGUGGCGAAAGGUCGAUUUCGGAGUCGAGAGAGGUGUUUUGUUCGGGGAACCAUCCUUAGUUAGUGAUACCUUGUAUUGGACUAUGUUUAAUAUGUUUAACAUGGGUGAUAGAACUAAGGUUGUUGCAUUUGAUUUGGUAAGAGAAACGUUUGAGAUGUAUCCACAUUUGGUGUUUUGUUCGCCUGGGCAUGGUGUUUUGUGUGUGAUGGGAGGGUGUUUGGCCAAAUGUAGUUCUAACCCUCGAAAUGAGGCUGUGUUUGAGAUUGUGACAAAUCCUGGAAAAGUUGUUUCUGUUUGUUUCGAAUGUGAUUUGAAGAUCAAUCCACGUGAUAAGUUGGUUGGGUUCACUAAGACGGGUAAGGUUUUGAUCGCUCAUACUCAUCGCGGGAUGAUAGGGUUGCUCGAUCGAGGGUCGAAGCAAACGCUUAUGAAGUUUGGAGGUCAGAUGAGGACUAGUAUUGAAAAGUAUGUUCCGAGUCAGAUUUCACCUCUUCCGUUAUCUGAGUUUCCCAAUAUACCAGCAGAGGGGACUUGGGCGGAUUUACCUUUGCCAAGGGGUCUAUGAAUUGGUGGAACUGGAACCUCCUCCAUUGGACCAAGUCAUGAUAAUCUAUUAACAGAGACGAUGGCUGAAAAGAAAGGUUGCCCGUGGUUAGACCUUUGUCAAGUAUGGUGGUAUAUGUUUUUGGUCAAGCAACAACAUUAGAUGAUCCAUAUAUUGUUAUCAACUUAUUUAUGUCAGUUUUUGGUAUGAUGUGCUGCUGAUGCUUCAAGUGUUGUAACUUGGUUGGUUUAGAACCUCGAUCUGUAUUUUCAUCUUUCUAACCUUUGGUUUUUGCUAUGUAUGUGGCUGUUGGCCUUUGAAACUCGGUUUCAUUUGCUUGUGUGAUAUGCUAAUGGUUUACCAACACUUGAGAUUUCAAUGUUA